AUGUGCAUUGGACUCGAUGGCCGUCCCCGCGCAAGAACCUUUGUUACAGUUUUCGCCAUCUGCCUCAUUUAUUUUGCGCAGUUAGUCAGCCUUGUCGGGGUUGGUGCUGUAAGACCCUCAUUGAUAACAAGUUGGUUCUCAGCCACAAUCACUAUCAUGACUGUGGUCCCAGGCCCUAUCGUCUCCCAGGCAGCAGAUUACUGGGGUCGAAAGUGGUUCCUCGUAAUUCCCACACUAAUUGGGGCGGUAGGCUCACUUGUCGUUGCUCGAGCUCCAGAUAUCGACACAGCCAUUGCCGGAUUCUGCAUCAUCGGCAUCGCUUUCGGUACACAGCCGCUACUUCACACCGUAAUUUCGGAGGUUCUUCCAAGGAAAUGGAGGUCAUAUGACCAGGCAGCGGCCAUGAUAUCCAAUAGUCUGGGGAGUAUCACCGGUCUAAUCGUUGGAGGUGCCUUCAAUAGAACCAACGACCUGGCCUCUAACGGUUUUCGGUAUUACUUCUACAUGGUCAUGGCUUGGUACCCGAUUGCUGCCAUACUCUGCGUUGUUGUUUACAACCCACCAAGAAAAGAUAUACAAAAGACGCUCUCCAGGAUGGGAAAGUUGGCCAAGCUCGAUUGGAUCGGAUAUUUCCUGCUUGCGGCUGGGCUUGUCCUAUUUUGCCUUGGACUAUCUUGGCCGAACAAUCCGUACAAAUGGUCUGAUCCGCACGUCUCGGCAACUUUCGUGAUUGGUAUCAACCUGGCUCUGGGACUCGUUGCUGACGAGACAUUCCUGAAGAACGACGGCAUAUUUCAUCAUCGUCUAUUCAACGGCAAUCGCAACUUCUCCAUCUCUAUAUUCUACGUUCUGGCCGAAGGUACGGACACCAUUAUCGUCGGCCCUCGCUACAGCUUGAUGCUAGUGGCUGCGGGCAUUGGCGCAGCUGUCGCUAGUUGGUACUGUGCCAUCACGAAAAGAGUGCGAUGGAUCACCACCAUUGCGUUUCUAAUAUUCGUGGUGUUCUUCGCAUUCAUGGCGACGACAAAUUCCAGCAGUAGCAAUCCGGUCUGGGGAUACCCGAUAUUACUAGGCGUUGCUCUGGGCAUGACGUUGAUAACUCUCGUCACAGCAGCUCAGCUAACUGUUCUGCCAGCAGGGUUCGACGCUAUGGACCUCCCCUCUCUUAUCACGGCUCUCAAUUCUCGUGAUCAGAGCGCACUCGCCGAAAUUCCAGGUGUUACUGCAGGUAUUCUCUCGCGGGGAACUCAUGCAUUUCUUGAUACUUACACCGAAGCCUUGAGAAAUGUCUGGAUCUCGGCGAGUUGUUUCAUUGCUGUGUCAGCUAUAGCCUCUGCAUUUCUUUUUGAUCCCGAGAGGGAGUUCAAUGACCACAUUGAUGCUCCUCUGGAAAGGAAAGACGGCGUCUCUACGGGAGAGUGA